UUAUCCCUGCAGGAAUGGCCGUAAUACUGAGUGACAUCAGUCACACUGGAUUAAAGAUUAUUUACGUCAUUCAAGAAUCUUAAUUGGAGGUAUUACUGAUCUCAUGGGCACGGGGAGAAUUUUUCAUUUCAGACUGAAACAAUGAACUUCUCUGUACCCCUGCCAUUACAAUCACUAUCCCUGAAUUUGACUUUUUUUAGAGAUUUUUUGCUGUAUCAUUAUGCAUUAAUCUGCAGUGGAGCUGUAAGUGUUUGUAAGUUGAAUUACUAGACAGUGUCUCUAGUGAAUAAGGCACUCUGCAGCCUCAUCACAUUUAAGAACACCAAGUAUUAACAUCAAUAUAAUACUAUGAAGAAAAAAAAAGAAAAAAGUAGUAAGAAAUUUUUUUGAGAAAAUACACUAAGAAAAACAUGAAUAACUGAGCUCAAAAUUGCUGGUAGAUUGGCAGAAUUGCCAUAUCUCAUUUUAACAGAACUGUCUGCCUGAAGGAAUACAGCAAUUUAAAUGGAAUGAUUUUCCCUGGAGGCAUUUAGCUGGGAGAUUACCAUUCUAACAUUAAACACAGUUUUUCACUUUCCUCACUUUAAAUCAUCUUAACUUGAAACUUUGUGGUUAUGCUUGCGUCAAUGCUGCAAAUUGUACUGUUUUCCCAACAGCACACUACUAAAAUAAAUUUUUGUCUCCACUUUUUUGGAAAACAACCAAAUUAUGCCACUUUCUCUAAAUAAACUGAUCGAAAUAGUGUUAUCUUUAUUUCAUGUCAAACUGUGUUGAAAAAAACAGACCACCCCUUUUUUGUCAAUAGAAUUCCUGCUUGUAAACAGUCAGUUUUGUAAGUAUUUGAGUAGCCCUCAGUCAUCAAAUAUAAUUUAUUAAUUUUUAAUAACAUUACUCAAUCAUUACAAAGUGUGUGUUUCUAAAAAAAAAAUUUUUUCAUACAGUUUUUGUGGAUAAGAGGCAGAAACUGGCCCAAAAAAAGAGGGGGAAAUGUUUUUCCAUUCAAUCAAAGGCCACAUGCAAAAACUUCAGCUGAUUUAAAUAAAAGGAAAUAAAUAAAUGAAUAAAAAACAGUCCUAAGAGUCUUUUGCCAUGGUUACUCUGUAUGCACUUAGCCCUUCUUUAUUUUGAAAAAAGAAAAUAAAAAAUAAAAAAUCAUUUUUGUCCGGAUCCCCUAAUACCCAUUUUUUUCAAACAUGGUUUCCCAUCAUUUUUUUCUUUAUUUUGUAGGUUGUAGAAGACAGACUUUGGUAACUAAAGGUACUGUGAUAUUAUUCCAAAUAAAUUAUUGUGUAGCUUUAAUUCUGAGCAGCAGCAAACCAGAAAAAGUUAGAUUUUAGCGCCAUAAGCGGUACAACAAGUUGCCCCCUGAAAGAUAUGAUGAGCAUCUCUUUAGAUUUGAUUGCAGAGUCUCACUCAGGGGUAGAUCCCUAGACUUGUGAUCUAGCAGUUAGUGCUUUUAUUACCUGGUAAUUUGAUUUGCAUUUAUUAAUGAGAGAUGAGCCCUCAAACUUUGCAUACAAAGAUAAAAAAAUUGCAUAAGCUGCCAGGUGAUCUCAGCACAUUUUAACUUUUGAAUUCAAUUUGUGGUAACUGCAAUGUCUUUUCUUGAUAAAUUUGCACCUUAAUGACCAAAAUGUUAGCAAAAUCCACUUAAAGCAUUGCCAAUUUUCAAUCUCAAUGUGAUAAAGCCUGACUUUUAGUUGAUGUGUACAUCUUGUUUUCUUUCCUUUAUAGGUGAGUUGGUUUGGCAUUCUCAUAUGCCUGAACAUCCAGCAGUCAAGAAUCGAAUUCCAAGUUGUCUUAUAGCCUGCCGGCCAUGUCUUGACUGAUGGGGAGGAGAGUGGGGAAGGGAGGGGAAGAAGAAUCUCUCUCCAUCUCCAUUCCCCACCUGCAAAAAGUGAUUGAAGCCCACACUUCUAGAGCAGACUUUGGUUGUAUGCUGGGCAGCGAAUGAAGUUCACCAAGCCACUCAACAUCACCCAUGUCCCAUUCAGUUUUAUUUACAGCAUCCCCACUGCACUCAUGAUGCGCUCCACAUUUUAAACUGAACCCACACCUAGCCUGUGAGCAAGCUCUCCAUUUUGAGGGUAUCACGAGAAGACAGGCAUCUGCAGCACGUGAAAGGAGAUUCAAGUGUGAGGGGACCAUUCCUUCUUUCCUCCACUCUCUUGCAUUUUCUUGUAGCUUGUUUCACUUGCACUCAAAAUGGAGAACUUACCUGCCGACUAACCCCCACUCCAUUUUACCUGUACUCACUUCACUUUACUCAUAAACCAACAUUUUAGUCAUGUAUGCAUAGCCUGCGUCGCAGACAGUCUAAAUCUAUGAGUGACAAGCCCAGCUGCAAUGCAGGCUAUGUUUGCAAGGCAUUUCCAGUGUUUUAGGAGGAAAAAGCCCUGGAAAUGAAGUUGACAACAUUCUGUCUGCACACAUACAUGUAGCAUUACCUACUAGCCCCCCCCCCCAUUCUGCCCUUUACCCGUGCUAGUUAGGUCAGUGCUCCCUUCUACAGUUGUUGUUGGCCACAGUCUUGGAAUCCUCCACAUUUGGGAAUUGAGCACGGAAAAGCUGGAUCUUCGUGAGGCCACUUAUCCCGGCCCUAAUUGGCGACUAAGUACAAGCAUAUAUAAGUAUAAGCACAGCAUAUGCAAGCAUAACUUUGAGCAUAAGAACCUUAUGCACUAGUAAGGAUGGCCGUGACAUAAACAUAAGUUUUAAAAGACGACAAGGUUUUGAUAUUCUUUUGUUUAUGCGUAAGUCAAGGCCCGUCCUGACUAGCGCAUAAGCUCCUUAUGCUCACUGAUGAUGCUUAUGGUCAACCUUGCGUUGCCAGUGAGGGCCAGGCUCAAACUAUCCUUGGCUAUGAAAUAAAUCUGAUAGAGAGAGAUUCAAAGAAAAAUAAUUAAAUAGAGUAAAUAAGUGAAUGCAACACCCGGGAUGCAACAAUAAAAAGAACCUUACAAAAGUGUCCAACUUAAUGAAAAAUUAAUGUACAUGAGGUUACUUAUCGAGAUUGGUUUGAUGUUUUCAUGGUAGAACUUUACACUUUGCUUUAUGGCUCAUGAGCUUUAGAUUUUUGCUUUUGAAAUUAUGUCGUUUCUUUGCGUAGGCUAAGUGAACGUCUGGUAUGAUUUGAAAGGGUUUAAUUCAGGUUUGUUGGAUAAAACCUUGUCUGGUGAUGAAGUAAAGAGUGUCAGACUGGCAUGAGUCAGGCGCAACGCUGAAGUUUAUUUCCUGCAACUGGCCCCCGGAGAUUUUUAAAGGAAAUUGGGAAGUCAUCUUCUUUUCUAUAUUUCGCGUAAUUGUUAACGCCGCUAAAAAAGAAUGAAAUCCAAAAUUUCAACCAGUCUAAGCAGUCCUCCAGCAAUCCGAUCCAAUCUUUCGAAGCAAAAGACUGGGAAUGAUUCUAUUUUGGCGCCAUUUUCCCCAGGCUUUGGCGCAAAUUUUGGAGUUGUUGACGCACGUCUUGUGAGAUCCGCCAUCUUGGACGUGAAACUGAGAUGUCUCAAAGGCAGAGUAGACGGCGAAAGGCACCAUGUGAGUACUCAUUAAAAAACGAAAUAUUGGCCACAUUAAUGUUUCAGGUUCCUGUCAAUGAAGGAUGGACGUGUAUGCUGUGCUGUGUGUGUAAACGAUAGUUUUGUAUGAGGGAUUUGUUUCUUGAAUCGUCUAUCCUUUGUAAGCUUUAAUAGUUUUUUUUGUCUCCUGAAUAGAAUUAAAAAGCGGUAUGAAGUGUUCAAGAAUUGCUGGCGGUUUUACUGGUUGACAUUGAAAUCACGAAAUUGGGUCCUUAUUGGUUGCUAAGAUGAUUAAGAUUUUUAAUCCUAAUUCCCCCGCCAACUGUUUUGCUCUGCUUGCAAUUUUUGACAGUUACGAUGUUGUCACACUUCGAUUCUGGUCAGGAAAGUUUCCCUAGCUAAAUAGGACUUGUGAAUGUUCGUAAUGAUAGAAACUGAAAAUCGAUAUCAAAACUUAGUUUUUAUUAAGAAAUUAUAAUUAUGAAAGUGGCUCAUUUUGCUUCCUACAUGUGACACAUGUUGCCCUCAGACUGAAGUUACAUGUAAUCAAUAGGGUGACCUUUUUGAGUUCUUUGAACUGCUGCGAGGCAAAUAUAUUGAAACCUGCGAUGAACCUACCUCCGCUGGUUUUUGGUAAAAAUUUUCCCAGUUGAAUUAUGGCUUUCUCCAGACAAAGAUUGUGCAAGUGUGAGCAUAGCUGAUCUCAAAGAAAGCUGUUGAAGUGUUUCAUAUUAUGAAGCUGUUAUGUUAAAAAUUUUUUUUCUCAUUUUUAGCAAGUUCUGACAAUAAAGAUACAACAGAUGCUACUCAAUCAAAAAAGGUGAAGGUUGAAACAAAUGGAACUGUUCUCGCUGCAGCUUCGAGCUCAAGCUCACCCAAUCUUACUUCUCUAACGUGGGAAAGAGAAGCUGAUAAAUUCACAUGGACUAGAUAUCCUAAUGAGCAUGUUAAGAUUAUCACUGAUGCUUUUAAAGAUGGAAAGACACAAGUUGAUAUCACAGAUGGAAAGUCUGAAUUGUCAGUGAUAUUUGAGCGUAUGGUGCAAAGGAACAAAAAAAGUGGAUGGGAGAAAAGAAUCAGAUGUGUUUCAACAGUUGGAAGCUCACAUCCAGAUGAAUGUAGGUUUUUAUUAAUGUAACAAUGGUUGUAUACCAUGUACAAAAAGUUUCUGGAAAAUCUGGUUGGAAAGAAAAUGGAACGCAACUUUUUUAGGUCAUUCCAGUGGAAAAUUUCUUGAGCAAAAGAACACCUGAAAAGUUAGUCCUGUUUUUCCAGAUGGAAUAUUCCAAGCAGAAAUUCGUGUUCCAUUUCUUCAAAGCCAUCUUUGAUACCAGUUUCAGGCCUUUGCGGCUUUUGUGUAUCAUUUGUCCAAACCUGUGGACUGACCGGUUUGCCAGUGUAAAAAUGCUAAACAACCAAUCCCUCUGUUAAAUGGACAGAGUUACCAAGAUUUGUUAUGAUGUUAGUGUUCCUUGAACAUUCUUUGGAUUUGUUUGAAUAAUGGGAAGCAUUACACCCCCAGAUAAUAGUUUUGUACUGAGCUUUGCUUAAAAUCACAAUACCUGUGGGAAAAAUCUUUUCAACAGAAUGUUUGUGCCAAAGGCACGAUUGAUCUUUUCCCUCAAUUUUGUUGGUCAAUAUGGUUCACUAAUAUAAAUAAUGUUCCUGUUGGCUGGAUUAGGAUUAAAAAUGCUUUGCACUAGCCUGAUAAAACAGCCGACUUUUUGCAAAGCCACCACUGGUUUCCCUGCAGAAUAAUGUCGGAGGAACGAGCAAAGAAUUUCCCUGCUAAUGAUGCACCAUCACCCCGUCAAGGUAGUGACACAUCAUCAGUAUGGAAUUUCAGCAUUGUGUUCUUUGGAUGUUAUUUCACAGGGAAACCAGUGGUGGUGUGGCAAAAUUUUGUCUGCUUUUACACGCUAGCUUUUCACUUAAAUUUUUUUCCAUGAAGGCUCUAGCUUAUAUAAUAAGUGCACAUGCAGCUGCAAGCAUUGCAGUCAACAACCUUUUAAGUUCCCUCAGCUUUUGGUAUUGGGAUAAAACAUUGAUAACUCUAGCUCUUUUUUUCCAGAUACCUGGGAGUGGGAAGAUGCCAAGGGUAACUGGACAGUAUAUUCAAAGCCUUCUGUCUAUCUGUUAGAGGCAGCACAUAUGUUUGGGCUGACAAGUGUCAAGCUGAUAGAAGACAAAAAAGAACUUGUAGUGAAUUUAGCAAAGAAAGUCCAAACAACAAAAACUGGAAGGAGCUCCAAGAAUAUACACAGGGUCAAAGCUAGUGAUGUAUGUUCAAGUGAGUUUUGUCCAUUUUCUUUGAUUAUGUAUAUGUAGUCAACUGCCUGGGUAAUUCUUGUGCUGGCCACUGUCAAUGAUGCAUGAAGCAGUCUUUUUAGACAAAAUUUGCAUUAUCUCAUUGUUGCAGUUUUCUGUGACAUAUGUAGUUUUAGUAGCACAGGAACUGCUGUGUCUUUGUCUUGUGAUGUACCAUUUUGUUACUUGGCCUUAGUUUGAUUAGUUGAGAUUAUUUAAGUAAAUAAAAUAAGUGUCUAAAUAAAUAAAUAAAUGUUUGAAGAUUACAGUAUGACACACCAACCCUUUCACCACCUGCCCAGGACACCAGCAGAUUUGAAAAUGACAAUUUUUCCUAAAAGAUCAAGAUCUUUAAAUAAAACUUGCGUGUACUGCAAACCUUGUAGGUAAUUAAGAAAUACAUCAUUACAAAGUAGAAUUUUACAAUAACCAAGGGACCAAAACAGUGAUGUUUGUUUCAUUUAACGUUUUCCCAAAACCAGCAAAAAUGCUACACUUGCCCAGACCUUCCAACUCAUUCGGUUUGACCCUGGGCAGUCAACUCACAGUCUCAUGAUUUGGUCUAAAAAUCGCAUGGUGAAUCAGAAAAUUUUAAAAUUUGCCAGACAACUCCAGUAGGAAUCGCUCUAUUUAAAAAAAAAAACUGGUCCAAUUUCAAUCCAAUAAUGAUGCAGCAGGGGAUAGUAUUCCAUCCAGAUGGUUAGUGGUGAGGCUUCUAAUUUGACUGAAAUCUGAAAAAUUGGGUUAAAUUGUUGUCUAAAAUGAGUUCAUAGUUGUCAAGGUGCAUGCACCUUGAUGAUAUUUUCUUAUCAAGGUUAGCUCCCAAAAUUUAAAUCUGGCUAGCCAGUGGCCAGUCAUCUUGGAAUUUGAAUUUGGUUUUUUGAAGGGUUUUUGCAAAAACCCCAAUGCUGCUGUGCAGAGAAUAUUUUUGAUAGACUUUGUAGCCAUACAGUUUUGACCAAUAUUAAAAUUCUUCUUAUGGGCAGGUCUGACAACUCCUUAGAAUUGACAGGCACAAAGUCAAACUAAAUAAUACUGGAAUCUUACCCUUUGCCUUCUAGCUUCUUCAAAUCAAGUACCAGCAUCUCCCAAGACGGCCAAGACAGAUGUAGUAGUUAAGAAAGAACGUAAGAAAGUGAAAAAGGAAGAGGCUGAUACGGAAGUUAAGACUGAAAAAGGUAAUACUAAUUCCUGGUGCAGUUUUAUAACCAAGUUUUACUGCAGCUAAAGAUACAUUGUAUGCUAAUGCUCUCACUGACAUUAUAAAUUUGAUUGGUUUGACUUUUGCAGGUGAAGUGAAGUCCGUAGUAUUUAGUGGCAAGGCACCUGUUGACAGUCACUGUUCCAUCAAAGACAACACUCAUGUUUUUACAGAAGGUGAUGACAUCUGGGAUGUGAUGCUUAAUCAGGUAGAUUGUAAUUCUGUUUAUUAGGUUAUCAUGGUUUUACUAUAAAAGAUUAUAGUAGGGAGCCCAAGAACAUGCCCAUGAAAUCCAGGAAAAUGCGCAGAGGCCACUGUCUUGGUGUUGCUUGCUUGGGCAAAGCUUGCUGGCGAUCAAUAAAAAUGAAGUGACUGCUGUUUUAAAUCAGAUUUUCCUCAACGAUUGCAUCUCAGUGUUUGGAAGAUGAAUGCUUGGGCCUGGGAUGUCAGUGGCCUCGACCCUUGAUAGAUCCA